AUGCGGGGUGUUGCCCUCUUCAAGAAAUUGGAUGAGGAAGUUCUGAGAGAUGCAGAUCUCAGUGGACCUCUCAUGAUUUGCUUGACACUGGGCCUAGCCUUGCUACUGGCGGGCAAAUUGCAAUUUGGGUACGUUUAUGGUCUUGCCGCGGGUGGCUCUUUUAGCAUUUGUUGCCUCAUCAACGUGAUGAGCCAGAAAGAAGGCCGGCGUUGUGCAGAGCAGAAUACCGUCGUGCCGUUAGCCUCCUGCACUUUUGCUCUAUCACUGAAUCUGUGCCAGAAGUUUUGCCAACAAGCUCCAGGCAUUGACCUCUACAGCACCAUGAGCAUCUUGGGCUAUGGGCUGAUUCCCAUUGUCUUCUUGGCGCUCUUUGGCAUUAUCGUGUCCUUAAAGCAUGGUGCUGAGUGCUGCACAAAAUGGGGAAUGCAGCGCAGUGCUUUUUGGAGGGUUGGGCAGCAGACAACUUCAGACUCGUAUUUUGAUUCUUGUAGAACGAUGAACAACGAGGGUCGAGGGAGCUAA